AUGACCGUGGCUCAGCUUCCUACGCUCUUCACGCCAAUCAAAGUCGGCAACUCUCUCCUUCAGCAUAGGAUUGUCCUCGCUCCUCUCACUCGCUUCCGGGCAGACGACGAACACGUACACACCGACAUUGCGAUCGAGUACUACGAGCAACGCGCCAGCACUCCCGGCACCCUGUUGAUUUCUGAAGGAACCUUCAUAGCACCUCAAGCUGGUGGCUACCCCAACGUGCCUGGUAUCUGGAGCGACGAGCAGGUUGCCGCGUGGAGAAAGGUCACCGACGCUGUACACGCUAAGCAAGGAUUCAUAUUCGCCCAGAUAUGGGCUCUCGGUCGUACAGCGUUUGCAGCAGUGCUUGAGAAGGAAGGUCCAUACGAAGUCAUUGGCCCCAGCGCGAUUCCACUCGAUGCAGAGCAUGCGACCCCUCGGCCCCUCACGAAGGAAGAGAUCAAGGAGUACGUGCAGUUCUACGCACAGGCGGCGAAGAAUGCAGUACGCGCUGGUUUUGAUGGCGUUGAGAUCCACUCUGCGAAUGGGUACUUGCUCGACCAGUUCCUGCAGACCAACUCCAACACUCGCACGGACGAAUACGGUGGUAGCAUCGAGAACCGCAUUCGCUUUGUCUGCGAGGUUCUCGACGCGGUCGCCGCUGCUAUUGGUCCUGAGCGUACCGCCAUCCGCUUCUCGCCCUGGUCGUCGUUCCAGAAGAUGCGCAUGCCCGACCCUAAGCCGACCUUCGGCGCUGUGGUCGAGUACGCCGCCAAGCACCACCCCAAUCUCGCCUACAUUCAUGCUGUUGAGGCGCGAGCGGACGGGUUCGACAUCGUUCCUGAGAGGGCGGGAGAGAACAACGACUUCAUCCGCGACAUCUGGGCGCCGCGGCCGCUUAUCCUUGCGGGCGGUAUCACCCGCGAGUUGGCUCUGAAGAUAACCGAGCGCGACAAAAACGUUCUUGUUGGCAUGGGGAGGCACUACAUCUCUAAUCCCGAUCUGCCAAAGAGGUGGCUGCAUGACGCCGUACUUACUCCCUACAAGCGUGAAUACUUCUACACCAAGGGCACGGAGGGCAGCGAAUCCGUCCUAUACCUCCCGAAGAAGCCGGCGAACCACCACCAGAUUUGCUGGGCGCAUUCUAAGCUUCACGUUCGCGUUGUGCAACUCAAUGUCGCCGUGAAGAAGCACGAUGGUAGUGAAGUCCGUGGCCAUCUGGCAUGCUUCUUGACUGCGCUCCUUCGUUCCGACAUUGGCCAGCUGCCGCCGACGUUGCUCUCGAACCGGGGAGGUCAUGUUAGCACCUCCUACAGCCAAGGCGUUUUCUCCGCCAGUUACAACCUCCGUCUUGCAUCUGUGCUUCUGGCAGAGUACAUAAGGGGUGUGCACCUAUGGCCAACGAUCAGCGAUCUCGUGUUGUCAUGCGCCCUUUGCUCAAUUAUCACACUGUGCUGUUUGGGGCAGUGGGUGGGCGGGAGUCCUUUCGGUGUUACCGGAGGUGUCUUCGACUACCAAGUACCCAACUACACCGAGUGCAUCGGGCCCGCUUGGAGCGGCAACGCGCCCAUUUAA